AUGGCUUUUUUGGAGUCUCCCAGAUGCACGGGCGCGCCAGAGUCUGCCCCUAGCGAUGCUGGCGUCGCGGGAGCUGGGAUCCUGUUGUCCUUCAUGGUCACUGCAUGUCUGGCCAUCGUCUUGUCCGCCACCGUCAUCUGGGCCGACUUUCGAGCCAAGGACUCGACCAUCCGGCGCAAGCUGCUCAAUGGAUACAGCGAUUCCCAGAUUCUGCAAGGCAUCGGCAUUCAAAGUGUAGGAUUGGCCAAGAUGAACACGCUGGUGCCGUACCACUUCUUUCUGAUAUGGAUGCUGUCUCUGCUCUCCAUGGCGACGCACAACGCCACCUUGCUGGCUCUAGUCCACGACUACCGCCGCGAUUGGGUCAUUCGGUGGAUGAGGCAGUUCCUCAUGUUUGUCAACCUGGCAUUGUCCAGCGUCUCUGGCGUGUUCGUGCUCAAGGCGGUGUCGAAAGGACUCGAGAACGAUACCUUGCCCAUCGCUUGCGUCUGGCAGGUUGACGGCAACGGGGCACCGUCCAGCAUCGGGCUAUCAUACGUGGGAACUAUCGUCGUCAUCGGAGGCAACGGCAUCAUUUUUGGUUUGGCGACCUGGUAUCUGCACAGUCGAGACCAGAAGUUUUACAAGGUCGUCCAGGUCGCCGGGCUGUUUCUAAUGACGGUCAUUGCCGUGGGCGCCGCCGUGCGCAUCGGCCUCCUGUCGCAGGCCUUUGGCCAUCCGUCGGUGAAGCUUAACGAAGAGGGAGAAAAGACGUGGGGCUUCGGGCAGCUUCUGUCCAUGCUGCUGUUGCUGUUCCCGCUCGUGUCCGUCGUUGAGAUCUACAGGGGCGAGAUCGAGGUAGCCAGGCCUGUCGAGGAUAAGCCCCAACGGCCGUACGAUGGAGAGCUGCAGUCGAACCCCCACCCAUUCCAGCCCAACCCGUUUUUCGGGUCGCAAACGAAUCUCUUCAAGCAAAGGGAUGGCCGGUCUGGCAACAGGAUCUGA